CUCAAAGAAGCUAGCUGGCUUUGAAAGGUACGUGGUGGUCGCCCACUAAAAUUCGACUUGAUCCAACGAUUAACACAAAUAAUCAUUAAUUAGCACGUUCCAUAUUUCAAUUCGCCUCGUCGUCGUAUAAUUCACUUCAGAUCUCAGGUGAUCUUCUUCCUUUCUCCUUCGAUCAUUAUCUUCUUCUUCUUCCUUUCCUCUGCGAUUUGUGAAACUUUUAUAGUUGAUUUUAGAAUGGAUUCUCGGAACAAAUUGCAUUCCCGUUUACGUCUAUGGGAAUUUCCCGAUCAGUACAUCAUCGAGCCGGCGAAUGGCUCAGGCGCUCCGUGUUUGGAUAUUAGCCGUGUCGACGCUUCCAUGAAGCUCAUCGAUCAAGUCGGAGAAUGCGAUUCCUUGCGCGUUCCUAAAAUCCACCCCAUUUCUGGCGUGGUUGGGAUGUUGAAGCUCCUUGCUGGAUCAUACUUGGUGGUUGUGACAGAGAGUGAGCGUGUUGGCUCGUUUCUCGGCCAUCCUAUUUUCAAAAUUACAUCGCUUAAGGUUCUUCCUUGUGAUCAUUCCCUCAAAAACUCCCCUGAAGAACAGAAAAAGAUGGAGAAUGAGUUCUCGAAGCUGCUUAGUGUCGCAGAAAAGACAACUGGUCUCUUUUUCUCAUAUCAAGUUAACUUAACGCUGAGCUCACAACGCUUGCAUGAUUUGGGUGCUGAGUCUAAGUCGCUUCCUCUGUGGAGACAGGCUGAGCCGAGGUUUCUUUGGAACAAUUACAUGUUGGAAGUUCUUAUCGAUAAUAAGCUUGAUCAGUUUUUGCUUCCAGUAAUUCAAGGGAGUUUUAAUAGUUUUGAGACGGCCAUUGGGAAAGAUAUCGUUGACAUUACUCUGAUUGCAAGACGAUGUACUAGGAGAAACGGUACGCGUAUGUGGCGAAGAGGAGCUGAUGCCGAUGGCUACGUUGCUAAUUUUGUGGAGACUGAGCAAAUUGUACAGAUGAAUGGAUAUACGUCAUCAUUUGUUCAGGUCAGAGGAUCCAUGCCUUUUAUGUGGGAGCAAAUUGUAGAUCUGACUUACAAGCCCAAGUUUGAGAUUGUGCAGCCUGAAGAAGCUACACGGAUUGCUGAACGUCACUUCUUGGACCUAAGGAAAAAAUAUGGAUCAGUUUUGGCAGUUGAUCUUGUCAAUAAGCAUGGCGGUGAGGGGCGCUUAAGUGAGAAGUUUGCUAGUGUUAUGCAGCACAUUACUGGAGAUGAAAUAAGAUACCUUCACUUUGAUUUCCAUCAAAUCUGUGGGCAUAUUCAUUUUGAGCGCUUAUCAAUUCUGUACGAGCAGAUCGAGGGUUUUCUUGAACAAAAUGGGUACUUUUUGCUAAAUGAAAAGGGUGAUAAAAUGAAGGAGCAGCUUGGUGUGGUCCGAACAAACUGCAUAGAUUGCUUAGACCGUACAAAUGUCACCCAGAGCAUGAUCGGUCGAAAGAUGUUAGAACUUCAACUCAGAAGGAUCGGUGUUUUUGGUGCUGAAGAAACCAUAAGCUCCCAUCCGAAUUUUGACGAACGCUACAAAAUCUUAUGGGCUAAUCAUGGUGAUGACGUCAGCAUUCAGUACUCUGGUACUCCUGCACUUAAAGGAGACUUUGUCAGGUAUGGGCAUCGGACUGCCCAAGGUGUCCUUAAAGAUGGUUGGAGCUCCCUCAGACGCUAUUACCUGAAUAACUUUGCUGAUGGAACUAAGCAGGAUGCGAUUGAUCUCCUGCAAGGGCACUACAUAGUUGCUGUGAACCGGGACAUGGCUCCUGUGCCUCAAAAGGGAGGCCUCGAGGCUGUAGCAAACUUCCCAGUGGCAUUGGCGGUGGUUCUGCUCAGUUUCUGGUUUGCAACAAUGUCUAUGAAACAAGCUGGGAGUGAUUACAAGCAUAAGCACUUGUUCUUCUCGCUCCUGUGGACGGGCAUCUGUGUGGGAGUUGCAGCACUGGUUAGGGCCAAUGGCCGGAUCUUCUGCAACAGGCCUCGUCUCCACAAGCCCAGAGGCUGAUUCAUCUUCUUCUCCACUCGUGGGGUGACCAUUGUGAACACUAACUAAGACAUGCCGCUCAAGUUAGAGCCAAAAGAUUUUUUUUUUCGUUUGUUAUUUUCUUGUAUCAAAUUUGGAUAUUGUGACGCCAUCUCGAGGCAAUUGUCUCAGGUGGUGACCUCCUUAUGAACUUAAUACUCCCACAGCCACCAAUGACUCGAUACAGUUACAGUUACACAUAUUUCUUCAUUUUCA